UUGGAGCACUAUAAAAAGUUUGCACACUCCCAGAUUCUUCCUAUUUGGCAGCUGCCUCCUCAUCAGGAACUUCUAACAUCACUCAAAGACUCUCUCCACUAACUAAAUCACCCACCACCAUGGCCCACCGCUAUCCAGCACUCACUGCGGAGCAGAAGAAGGAGCUUUCGGACAUUGCCAAACGCAUUGUUGCUGAUGGCAAGGGGAUCCUGGCGGCAGAUGAGUCUGUCGGUACCAUGGGCAAUCGCCUGCAGAGGAUCAAGGUAGAGAACACGGAAGAAAACCGCCGUCAGUUCCGAGAAAUUCUCUUCUCCGUUGAUAAAUCCAUCAAUGAGAGCAUUGGGGGUGUGAUCCUUUUCCAUGAGACUCUCUAUCAGAAGGAUAGCCAAGGAAAGUUGUUCAGAGAGAUCCUCAAGGAAAAGGGGAUCGUGGUGGGAAUCAAGCUGGACCAAGGUGGUGCUCCCCUGGCAGGAACAAAUGGAGAAACCUCCAUUCAAGGCUUGGAUGGACUAUCUCAGCGCUGUGCCCAGUACAAGAAGGAUGGUGCUGACUUUGGGAAGUGGCGGGCUGUGCUAAAGAUUGCUGACCAGUGUCCCUCCAGCCUGGCCAUCCAGGAGAACGCCAAUGCGCUGGCCCGCUAUGCCAGCAUCUGUCAGCAGAAUGGACUGGUGCCCAUUGUGGAGCCAGAAGUCAUCCCUGAUGGAGAUCACGACAUUGAGCAUUGCCAGUAUGUCUCUGAGAAGGUCCUGGCCGCUGUUUACAAAGCCCUGAAUGACCACCAUGUCUACUUGGAGGGAACACUCCUGAAGCCCAAUAUGGUGACAGCUGGACACGCCUGCACCAAGAAGUACACCCCUGAACAGGUGGCUCUGGCCACUGUCACAACUCUCCACCGAACAGUCCCUGCUGCUGUUCCAGGCAUCUGCUUUCUGUCUGGAGGCAUGAGUGAAGAAGAUGCGACUCUCAAUCUAAAUGCCAUCAAUCUUUGCCCACUGCCUAAGCCCUGGAAGCUAAGUUUCUCCUAUGGACGGGCCCUGCAGGCCAGUGCACUUGCUGCCUGGGGGGGCAAAGCUGCAAACAAGAAGGCAACCCAGGAGGCAUUUGUGAAGCGGGCUCAGGCAAACUGCCAGGCAGCCAAAGGGAAGUAUGUUCAUUCAGCCUCCUCUGGUUCUGCUGCCAGUCAGUCCCUUUUCACUCCCUGCUAUACCUACUAGUAUACUAGGAAUAUCUCCCGGCCAUUGCCCCAGCUCCUCUUUACACGUCAUUUAUUAAAAAUGCCACUUUUCUGCCAUGAAUAACAGUCAUCUGUGAAAUACCUCUUAAAAGCUGUGAACUGAUGAGUAUUUCUUACCAAGUAAUCCUGGCAGUCUGCAAACAAAUACUCGCACUGGAAAAUAAAUAAAACAUUUUAUAAACACUU